AUGUCGACCUUAACAUUUGGAACACCAUCGACGCCGUCGAUCUCUACGAUACUCGCCCAAAAGAAGACUGUUGGCUCACCAACCCCCGAAGUAACUUCACCUUUCGAAACUUUCAACAAGACUGGAAUUAAGAGAUCCUUCGACCAAAUAUCGAAAGAUGGCACCUCGUCUGCUUAUGUUAAGCAAGCGUCCAUUUUGGCAUCCGGCUUCUUAGACAAGUCGUACUCCGACUUUGAGAUCCGUUGCGGCAAAGAGGUCUACCCAGUCCAUAAGUUUGUGGUCUUCAAACAGUCAGAAUACUUCCGGAACCUUGCUGUCGACGGAACAUUGACUGAUCAAAGAUUUCGGCAACUCGAAGAAGACCCUCACAUUGUGAAGCUCGCCUUGGAGUGGUUAUAUACUGCGAAAUAUACCUGCGAAUCCCAGAAUGUGCCGUCAAUCAGCUCUGCAACCCCGGAUGAUGGAGCAGUGGUCUUUGGAGAGCCCAUGUCCUUGGAGAAUUGUCUUGUCAGUCACGCCAAAGUUUACGCCUUAGCUGCGAAAUGGAAACUGCCCGACUUACAGAAUGAUGCCUGUGUUCGUUACGGAUCUGCUAUUGUCGCGAAAGGUUGUUGCGACGCUUUCACCUCCAGCCUACGUACGAUAUGUGAAACGAAAAAAGAGAGCUAUACAAGCGACAAACUAGCCUCUACCGCCUUAGGGUUUGCAGCUGCGAAGUUCAACGACUUCCUCAGCCUGGAAUCGUUUUGCCAAUUUUUGACAGAGCGAGGAGAUGUUGCAGUGGCAAUUGGCAAAAUGCGAGCAAAAUUGGCGAUUAACCUGAUGCCAGUUUUACAACCCGGGGUGAUGUCAAUUGCGAAUUGUCCCAAAUGUAAUGAUGACUGCAAUGUCCGCAUAUCAUCAAAGAAGGAGAAGUCAAAGUUUGGUACCCCAGGAAUAUAUUGGUGCACUAAGUGUCGGCACGAUUUCUGA